CUUAUCAAUAAGACAAUUAUCAUGGUUUUUUUCUUUUAAUUUUCGCGAUUAUUUUUCUAAUUUUUUCGCUGAACUUUGAUACUUUGCGACAAUUUAUUACGUUGACAAAAUAAUUCCGUUGAAUUAUAUUAUUUAGACCAAUAAUUCGACAAUUUGUGGACAACUUUGACGCGUGUGAUGAUAAAGUAAUCAUUGUGUAUUCAGUGUUCGUGUGUGAUAGAUCAAAACGCUUCUACUUUUCUACCCAAACGUUCAAUAUUUUGACUUAUUUCCUCGGAUUCAUCAUUUCUCCAGGCAUGACUACGACACUCGAACGGAAGUAAAAUAUCAACGUAUCGGAUUCUCUGCUAUUGUUUAACGAUCAAAUCUUAGUCACCGUAUUGAUUGUGAUCAAAUCUCACACAACAAAGAAACGCACUGUUGGUCUUUGUCUGGCUGCUUAAUAUGAACUCACCGAACGAGAUAAAAUUAUAAUUUAUAACUAGGUAGUUAUAAAUUGCAAUCUAGUGAUUAUCGACGUCGGUCAUCUGUGACGUGAUUUCAGUACUUUAUCACUGAGGUUUAGAUUAAUUGAUCGAAUAAGGGUGGCGUACCCGCAUCUCGUACACGGUUCCAUAUCCAUAUGAUCGUCGACUUGAACAUACACUAGGAAAAAAAUGGCGGAUACAGAUUUAAUACUAUCCAACGAAGAAAUACCUUCUUCUUCCGGAUUGAAUAACGAUUCUGGAGAAAGCGCUGGUCAAAAUGAAGAAGAAAAAAUUACCAUACGACAUCCGAAUCAUCUCGUUCAAAAAUUGGUCGCUUUGACGUUAAUGUGUUUACUCGGAUUUGGAUCGUACUUUUGUUAUGAUAAUCCGGCCGCGUUACAAGAUCAUUUUGUCUCCGAUAUGAGCCUGACGACGUCUCAAUUCGUACUCCUGUAUUCUUGGUACGCUUGGCCCAAUGUGAUUUUAUGUGCCAUCGGUGGAUAUCUCAUGGACAGGGUAUUCGGUAUACGUUUAGGAACCUGCAUUUAUGCCUUGCUCGUAGUCAUAGGACAACUGAUUUUCGCUGCUGGAGUUUACACCAAUAGAUUUUGGUUAGCUAUUCUAGGACGAUUCAUAUUCGGAGCUGGAGGUGAAUCCCUUGCUGUGGCUCAGAAUAGCUACGCAGUAGUCUGGUUCAAAGGUAAAGAACUCAACAUGGUGUUCGGAUUCCAACUGAGCUUCGCCAGAACUGGAUCGACGGUUAACUUCUUCCUCAUGGAAUACCUGUACAGAUUUAUCAAUAAAUAUUACACCGGUUUCCAAUGUUUAGGAGUAGCCUUAUUCAUAGCGAGUAUCUCGACUCUGGGAUCAUUCCUCAGCGGAUUACUCUUAGCUUGGCAAGACAAACACGCCGAACGUGUACUAAAACGUAAACAACCUCAACCGGACGAACUUGCCAAAAUUUCAGACGUCAAGAACUUCCCAUUAGCUUACUGGCUAACUACUUUCACCAUCGUUUGCUAUUACGGUGCCAUAUUACCAUUCGUCGCCUUAGGAAAAGUUUUCUUCGAAAGAAAAUACGAUCUACCGGCUGAUCAGGCUAACUUCGUUAAUAGCAUAUUAUUCUUCGUAUCUUCCGUUUUGUCCCCAUUUUUGGGACUAAUCGUUGAUAAAUUUGGUAAAAAUGUGUCUUUCGUCUUCGUAUCGUUGCUGAUCACAAUUGCUAGUCAUAUGAUGCUCGGAUUCACCUUCAUUAAUCCUUACAUUAGCAUGUGCAUCAUGGGAGUGUCAUAUUCGAUGGUGGCGAGUGCAUUAUGGCCCUUGAUAGCUUUAGUCACUCCUGAACAUUUACUGGGUACCGCAUAUGGAAUAGCACAAUCGUUCGAAAAUCUAGGAUUGGGUGUAAUUACCGUGAUGGCCGGAGUCAUAGCGGAUAAUUACGGAUACUUUAUAUUAGAAGCCUAUUUUAUAGGCUGUCUGUGCUUGGCUUUAAUAUUUAUUAUUAUAAUUUGGGUAUAUGAUCUCACGCAUAGCGGGUAUUUGAAUAUGAGCACCAAAGAAAGAGUCAUCUACGAAAAGAACACUUGCGUACCUAAAUCUCACGAGAAAGAGAAACUUCUCGACUCAGACUACGGUUCGGUUUCCGAAGACGAACAAACGCAUUUAAUCAAAGACUCAUCCACAGCUUCCGAAUCGAUUACUACUACUACUGACGUGAAAAAUUAAACAUUAACUUCCAUUUUGCUUUCGUUUUUAUAUUACUUACGAUUUUUUUUUUUUUUUUUUUUUAUGUAUAUGUUUUGGUUGCGUUCGCACUUGUUUAGAUCUCAGCUUGCUUCGACGUGAUAAGUUGAAUUGUGUAUUCGAAUACUGUAUUUAAUAUUAAAAUACCUACCUGUUAAUUUCAUCGCAUCCUAUAAGAUUAUUUAAUUUUUUUUUUUGUUUUAUAUUUUGUGUUUCCAAUUUUGAUUUUUUCCUUUUUGUUAUUUUUAUUCUGUGAUUUUUAAGCGUACAUUUUGAACGAAUAUUUAGAAGGAUUGUUCCUGAAUUAAUUUAGCUUUUUAUUGUAUUUAUUAUUUAUUUAUGUACCUACGUGUAUUAUUUUAUCAUAUCAAAACAUACUGUAUUAUAUAUGUAACCUGUGUUACCUAUUAAUAUAUCAAUGAAUGAUGGA